UUCGCGCCGGACGGUCCCGCGAAACGUAGUCCCGACGCGUAUCGCCGCGAGUCCAUGUGAGCGACCGACAGUUCUCUCGUUGUGCACGGUGAACGAAGGAUCGGCAAACUGUACGCGCCGCAGGAAGACGACAUGUUGACGAUGGAGACGGAUCUCAAGGGCGGCAGCCUGCACGCCACGGUGCCGCCGCACCACGCGCUGCAGCACGGGUACGGCUCGCUGGGCGCGCUGGGCGGCAUGAUGGCGCUGCCGCAGCAACAGCCCCUGCAGCACCAGCCGCUGCAGCACCAGCACCACCAGCCGCUGCCGCCGCACCACGCGCAGCCGCCGCAGCAGCACCACCAGCCGCCCAACAACAACAACAACAACACCAAGAACUCCAACACUGACCGCGUCAAGCGCCCCAUGAACGCGUUCAUGGUGUGGUCGCGAGGCCAGCGCAGAAAGAUGGCAUCCGACAACCCCAAAAUGCACAAUUCGGAAAUCUCUAAACGCCUCGGUGCCCAGUGGAAAGACCUCUCAGAAUCUGAGAAAAGACCGUUCAUCGACGAAGCGAAGAGGCUUCGAGCCGUUCACAUGAAGGAACACCCCGACUACAAAUACAGACCCAGGAGGAAGACGAAGACCCUCGCCAAGAAGCAAGAGAAAUAUCCGCUCGGAGGUGGAGCGUUACUAGGGGCCGGUGAGGCGCAAAGAACGGCAGCGCCCUCGGCGCAACAGCCGCGAGAUGUGUAUCAAAUGACACCCAACGGAUACAUGCCAAAUGGAUACAUGAUGCACGAUCCCAGUGCAUACCAACAGCAGGCGUACGGAUACCCUCGCUACGACGUGUCUCAGAUGCAGCAGGGCGGAUACGGAGGAGGAUACUACGGAGGUGGCGGGCAGGGCUCGCCGUACUUGCCGCAGCCGCCGUCGCCCUCGGCCUACGGCAUCGGGCCGGGCUCCCCCGGGGGCUACGUGCUGCCGCCGUCGUGCGCGUCGCACUCGCCGAGCGGCUCGUCGGCCAAGUCGGAGCCGGUGUCGCCGGGCCCGCCGGGCAUGAAGCGCGAGUUCGUGGCGCACGAGCCGCCGGCGCUGAAGCGCGAGUUCGCGCCGCACGCUCACCACCACGACCAGCUCGCGAUGAAGCGCGAGUACGGCCAGCAGGACCUCAGCCACAUCAUCAACAUGUACCACGUGCCCGACGAGCAGAGGUACGCGGCCGCCGGGGAGCGCGCCAUGCCGCUCAUCUGAGAAUCGCCGUUCGCGUGCGACAUCGACAUCCCGCCGCUAUGAGCUGGGUGUGUCGCCGCGGUGGCCGCCAGUGACUUUGUUGCGACUCGGUUGUCGCUAGGACAGUGAUCGUUAUCUCCCGGCCGAACAUACUUCUAGGUAUGUCAGUUUUUGUUUUAUAUGACCGAUGUUAGUGUUGGAACUGUUGACUUAGCGAGUUAGGCCGUCGCCGAGCCGACGGCCGAAAGUUCAAUUUAAUGUUGUUGAUGAAUUAUCCUGUAUUAUAUUAUGAUUAUUGUAUUUUUUCAUGGUUUAAGUUAAAAUAUUAAGUUGUGCCGUGCGGAUGGACGCAAGGGUGUGCGUGAGGUACUUUGAGAGACGAUGUAGUGAUCGAGGUAAUUUGAAUACCAAAAAAAUUUGAACAAUUUGUAAAUAUAGUUAUAAUGGCUAGAGUUAAAGUUGGAGUUAGUCGGUAACGUGUAGGUAGAUAGCGAUAAGUCGUGCCACGACGCCACACUCUUACGCCCGUCGUGCGUUGUACAAAAUAUUUGUUAUAUCGAAACGAAAGUUAUAAAGCCUCGAAAGACUUAAAAUAUUGUAAUACGAAAAUGUACAGUGAGUGUUAUAUAGUCAGUGGACACAAAAGUAUAUUGAAGAAAAAGAUGAAGUUAUCAAUAAACGACGCGUUAAAAUUGUA